GGAGGCGGCCAGAUGGGUGCAGGUACCAGGCUCUGAAGGUCUGUGGGACACAUUGACUUCAAGCUCCCUGGCAGAUUGGGCAACUGCAGGCCAGUGUGGCAGGUGGCAGAGAAUGCUCGCCUCCAGGAGCGCGGCCUGUUCACGGCGGCCCUAGAAGCUAGAUCAUCUUGAAGUGGGGGCCUCCCUGACCAGAGACGGGUUAAGAAGGAGAGCUUGGGGCCCACCACCCACCCAGCCCAGGAAGGCCGGCAGUGGGACCCGCCUAGCUCGGUGCGUGGCCGGAGGAAGUUAAAGCUGCAGAGGAGGCCGGAGAGGCGCUCCCACAGGUGGCCUGCAUCACUGCGGAGGCGGCGCCAUGCUGGGCCCCCACCUGCCACCCCCACCCCUCGGACCCAGCGAAAGCCGGCCUGCCCCCUGCGCCUUCCGGAUCCCGGAUGGGAGCUACAGGUGCCUGGCCUUGGAGGCUGAGGAGAGCGGUGGCGAGGAGAGCCUUCAGGGAGAGGCAGGGCUCGCGGACUUGGAGGAGGACAGGGUGGCCAGCAGGCAUGGGGACAACUCCAUCUACAGAGCCGCCCCAGGGGCACCGGAGCUGCCCAAGGCCCUGGGCCUUCAGCCGCCCAGCUUCUCCAGGGAGGCACACAGGGACCCCCAGCAGGACGACAGGGCCAGCCAGGACUGGGACGUGGUGAAGGCCCGGCAAGUGAUGACAGCCAGCCCCAGCCCUGGGCCCAGGAUUCCCCAGAAACCAGCGUUGGGCCGGAGCACGAGCCUCACCGAGAAGGAUCUGAAAGAGGCCAAGGCGCGGAGCCAGCAGAUCGCAGCCCAGCUGACCACCCCUCCCAGCUCCAACUCCCGAGGCGUCCAGCUCUUCAACAGGCGCCGGCAGAGGGUGAACGAGUUCACCUUGGAGAGCCACGGCCGGAGGGGACAGACGCCCAGCCAGGAGUCCCCGAGAGGGCCCCCGGGCAGCCCCGCAGGCCAUGCCCCAGGGCUCAGCCUGAGUCCUGCCUCACUUCACGAGCCAAGCCCUCCGAGGCGCCCCCACGGCGAGAGCUCCGACCUAGGGGUCCCUGGGCACAGCAUGGAGGGGUGCUCAGAGGAGGCCAGCUUGCUGCGGCACCUGGAGAAGGUGGCCAGUGAGGAGGAAGAGGUGCCCCUGGUGGUUUAUUUAAAGGAGAACGCAGCCUUGCUGACGGCCAAUGGGCUCCACCUGUCCCAGAACCGAGAGACCCAGAAGAGUCCACCCACCCCGCCUCCAGCUGAGGUCCACAGCCCAGCUCCAGAUGUCAACCAAAACCUUGCCUCCCCCGGUGCCGCACUCAUCACACCAGCUGCUAACGGCAGCCACCACCUGCCAGCCACAGAUGUCAAUCUGAACCCAGCGGCGGCGGUCACCCCUCAGAGCCUGCCGUGCUCUAGCCUCCAGCAGAACUCCUCGGAGGCUCAGCUCCCACCGCCCGGCACAGUGCCAGAUGCUACACCCAGCACCCAGUGUGCUGGCGGGCAACCCCAGGAGCAGGUGAGACCCAGCACACUCCUAACUGACAAGGCGUCAGCUCCAUCGACCACCAGCAGCACCUUCCCCAGAGAAGCGGCUCCCAGCUCCGGGUCCCCAGCCCCAGACUUCAUGUCCAGCUCCCUGCUCGUCGAUGUCCAGCCCAGCGCCCCAGCGGUGUCAGCAGAACAAGAGACAUCUGGGCGGGCAGUGGCCACCACGCCCACCACGCCCACCAGGCUGUACAGCGAGGUCCACCUCACGCUGGCCAAGCCCCCAUCCGUGGUCAACAGGACGGCCAGGCCCUUUGGGAUCCAGGCACCAGGGAGCACUGGCCCGAUGGAGCGGAGCCCCAUGGUAGAGAGAAGACAUCUCGGGGGGAAGGCCCCGGCUUCCCAGCCCCCCAGCAUGGCCGACAGGAGCCCUCGGCCACAGAGGCACGUUCUGUCUCACAGCCCCAUGGUGGAGAGGAGGCCCAUGGCACAGCGCAGCCCCGCCUUGGAGAGACGCCCCUUGGGGAACUUCGCCCCACCCCCCACUUAUGCUGAGACCUUGUCCACGGCUCCCCAGGCGUCCCGGGUUAGGUCUCCCCCCUCUUACUCCGCCUUGUACCCCAGCUCUGACUCCAAGCCUUCCCACCUGAAGGGCCAGGCGGUUCCCACCGGCAAGACGGGAAUUUUGGAGGAGUCUAUGGCCCGAAGGGGCAGCCGGAAAUCCAUGUUCACCUUCGUGGAGAAGCCCAAGGUGACGCCAAAUCCAGACCUGCUGGACCUGGUACAGACAGCUGAUGAGAAGCGGAGGCAGAGGGACCAGGGGGAAGCUGGAGGGGAGGAGGAGCCCUUUGCGCUGGGGGCUGAGGCCUCCAACUUCCAGCAGGAGCCAGCACCCAGGGACAGGGACAGCCCCACCGCAGCCGAGAAUGCUGUCCCCGAGUGGGCCUCCUGCCUCAAGUCCCCGCGCAUCCAGGCCAAACCGAAGCCCAAACCCAACCAGAACCUGUCAGAAGCCUCUGGGAAAGGGGCUGAGCUCUAUGCCCGCCGCCAGUCCCGCAUGGAGAAGUAUGUCAUAGAGUCUUCGGGCCACGCCGAGCUGGCCCGCUGCCCUUCACCCACUAUGUCCCUGCCUUCGUCCUGGAAGUACUCCUCUGGCAGCCUCCGAGUGGCAUCCCGAAGCCCAGCUCGGACCCCACCUGCCUCCCUCUACCAUGGCUACCUGCCUGAGAAUGGGGUCCUGCGCCCAGAGCCCACCAAGCAGCCGCCCUACCAGCUGCGGCCCUCGCUCUUUGUCCUCUCCCCCAUCAAGGAGCCAACCAAGGCCUCACCAAGAGCCGCCUCACCUGCCAAGCCGAGCUCUCUGGACCUGGCGCCCAGCCUGCCCAAGGCGACCCUCCCACGGUCACCCGCCCUGCCUCGGCCCUCCCGCUCCUCACCAGGCCUCUACACAGCCCCAGGCCAGGACGGCCUCCAGACCACUGCCGUGAGCCCCACCUACAGCAGCGACAUCUCCCCUGUGUCUCCCUCCAGAGCCUGGUCUCCCCGAGCCAAGCAGGCCCCCAGGCCCUCCUUCAACACCCGGAAUGCCGGGAUCGAGGCUCAGGACCGCCGCGAGAGCCGGCCCACCUCCCCGCCCUGGACGCCAGGCGCGUCCCGGCCCCCCAGCAGCCUGGACGGCUGGGUGAGCCCACGGCCAUGGGAGCCCGCCCGCGGGGGCAGCAUGAGCAGCCCCCCGCCGCUGCCUCCGCCGCCACCCAUGUCUCCUUCGUGGAGCGAGCGCUCGGUAUCCCCACUACGACCUGAGACGGAGGUGCGGCCCCCUAGCCGCCAACUGCAGGCUCUGCUGGCCCGAAACAUAAUCAACGCGGCCCGGCGCAAGAGCGCCUCCCCGAGGCCGGCGGGCGCCGAGAGCCUGCGGCCCUUCUCCCCGCCCAGGGCACCGCUGCCACCGCCACCACCACCGCGCAUGCGCUCGCCGCAGCCUGCCCGCCCCAGCCCAGCAGCCACCCCGGGGGCCACGUUCGCCCCAAUCCCGCGGAGCCCGCUGCUGGCUGGGCCCUCGCCCUGCGCCAGCCCCCGCAGCCCGCCGCCCGCACCGUCCAGGCCCUUCCCCUAUCGCCGCUCGCCCACGGACUCCGAUGUGUCCCUCGACUCUGAGGACUCCGGGGCGAAGUCGCCCGGCAUCCUGGGCUACAACAUUUGUCCCCGCGGGUGGAAUGGGAGCCUGAGGCUCAAGCGUGGCAGCCUCCCCACCGAGGCUUCCUGCACCACCUAAAGCGUCCCCCUUCCCAUCCCCGGAAGGCCGAGCUGGAAGAGAUCUUGGCAGAGAUCAACCUUGGGAUAUCUCAGCACCACAUCCCCAAAGGGUCUGGCCCGUUUGAACAGCCCCAGAGAAAAGGGGUUAAUGGCCAGAGCUCUGGGCGUGGAGUAGUGAUCCAAGCUGGGGUUCUAGCUCUAACGAUAUGACUCAGUCUGAGAAGGCUGAAAGGGGUCCUUGUGUGAACCUGGGAAAGACCCUUCCUCUGUCUGACCCUCAGCUUUUCCAAUGAGGCUUUGGCCAAAGCAAUCUCCAAAAGUCUAAAUGCCCCCCCCCCCACACACACACAUACAGCCCCCCCCCCCCCCCCCCCCCCCGCCCGCCCGCCUUGGAAGAGUUGAUGCAUUCCAGGGUUCCAUACUCCCUCCCUUCCAGGCUCUCCUCUCUGGAGUCUGGCAAAUGAGGGGUAUGUUCAGAAGAUCCUAGGCCUAAGUUCCCUGUCCAGGUCCUGGCUUGACCAUCCUCCUUCCUGGCUCCAAGUCCCAGGCAGUAGCAGCUGUUUUCCAUCCCUGCCCAGACAAGCUCUAUUUUUACCACCGUGACCUUUAGUGAGGUCUCCCAGGCCAGCUCAAGGUGCCCCGCUCCUCUGGAGAGAAGAGGCAGGAAGAUUCCUCCUCCUAGAUCCCUCUUAUACUUUUCUCCAUCCCAGCUCAAACUGCCCAGGGCAUCUUAACUGCAGCCCAAGAAGAGAGCUCUACCGCAAUGAUUUCCCCCAGGCCCAGGACUUGGGCCUCUAGGAAUGCUAUAGGUGCCUCCAACCUGUCUAUCCCUUCUAGGCCCUUUCACAGCAGCCCUUUCAAAGCUGAGCCCUUUCAGAGUUGACAUGGAGCUCUCUGCUAGCCUGUGGCUUUACCUGAUGGCCCUGAGUUUGAGGUUGACCAUAUGGAAAGAGGGAAGCAAAGAUUUCCUUGUUAUAGGAUGUACGCAAGCAGUGGCCAGAUGCACAGAAGAUAUUCUAGUAGAAAAUAGAUUGGCUCAGAUGACCUGAGGGCUCUUCCAGUCCUGAAAUGCAUUCCACAGUAAGGGAAGGGAAGGAGAGUAAUGGUGGAGAAUUGGAUGGGCAAAAUUCAGGGGCAGGUGAGCUAGAAGUUAGCCCAGAGCCAACCUAUGUUUCUGGUUUCUUAGGAAGCACCCACUCUUCAGUUCCAGGCCCCAGCAUCCAUAUCAUGCCCCGAUGAAUGGGCACUAUCUAUCUCCUUCCCAUUGCACUCUGGCCUAGCUAGUACCCAGUACCCAGUGACCUUGGGAAGCCUGGUAGCAGGCUUUAGCAUGUCCUUUAAAUCCUGGUGGCUCUGACUCCAAUUCCCAGAGGGACAUGGGGAGGAAUUGGCUAAGUUCCCCAGUUUCCAGAGUUGGCUGUGAUGCCCUCUAGAAGUUCAGAAUAUUUACUUUAGGAUAUUAAGUGCAGGGGUGCAGGUGGGGGUGGUGGUGUUAGAACUGGCUGAAGAUCAGAGGGGUGAAGGUAAAAGGAUAUCAGGAUGUUGCUAAAGAUGAAGGAUAGAGUGUGAUUUUGGAUUAGGGGUAGACUUACCCUAACCCAAACUCGCUUGUUAGACCUGGAACCCUUAAAUGAAGCUAGGAGAAGCUGAGGAUCAGGAUGUGACUGGGGUGCUUUGGAAUAAAGAAGUGAUCCCAGAGGGUUCCUAGGGUAUAAGGAUUGGGAACACAGGCUCUGUUGGUGGGAAGAUGAGGGGGUCAAUGAUGAGUGACCACAUUUACCAAAGUCCUCACCUGCUUCAGGGUCCCUUGUAACACAGAAGCCAAGCUAAGGCCUGUUUCAAAGAAGAGACAUUAUUAGGCCACUGGCUGAGGCAGUGGCAUAGAACAUCUACUUCUACCUGCAUUUACACAAAGAGCCAGCAGGAGGCAGCCUUGGAAAGCUGCAGUUCUGUCUGGCUAUUCCCUUGCUUCACUGCCUUCUCCCUAUCUUCUCCUCUAACCCACUAGAGAUUGCCUGUGUCCUGUCUCUUGUCUCCUAUAGAAUUCAGCUCUGGCCCUAAAUAAAUGCUUCCUGAAUC